AUGGCGGACCUGCAGUGGCACGCCAUGUUCUCGGCCGGGCUCGACGAGGCGACGUCCCGCGAGAUGCACGUGUUCGCGCGCGAGGCCGUGGCAUUCUCCCUCAAGCCCAACGUGUCCGACUUCUUCCCGGCGCUCGCGGCCGCCGACCUCCAGAGCGUGCGGCGCGUCUUCGCUAGGCACCUGGCGAGGGUUUACCAGCUCAUCGACCAACAGAUUGAUCAGCGCAGCCAUGACCGUGGCGGUGGUCCGCGUAAGGACGACCUGCUGGACGUGAUGCUAGACAUGGAGGAGCAAGGGAAGGACGACGUCGACGACAGCUUGGUGAACGUCAACCGGGAUUUUAUCAGGUCAUUUCUCACGGACAUAUUUCUUGCAGCCAUCGACACAAUCUCGAGUACAGUUGAGUGGGCAAUGGCUGAAUUACUACAAGAUCAACGAAUUAUGACAACACUACAACAAGAACUCAAAAUGGUCCUUGGCUCAAAGACACACGUUGAAUACUCCGACAUCAACCAGCUUCCCUACCUCCAAGCAGUUGUGAAAGAAACACUUCGUGUGCACGCGGUUGUGCCACCGGUACCAAACAAGGCCGAGGCCACGGUGGAGAUACAAGGCUACACCAUCCCCAAAGGGAGCACUGUUUUGGUGAACUUGUGGGCGAUCCAUCAUGACCCUGAGGUAUGGACGGAGCCGGACAAGUUCCUCCCGGAGAGGUUCAUGCAGCACGAGGACAUCAAUUUCCAAGGGGCAGACUUCAGGUUCAUCCCGUUCAGCGCCGGGAGGCGCAUCUGCCUCGGCUUGCCGCUCGCGACCAGGAUGCUUCACGCCAUGCUCGGCUCGCUGUUGCAUCGUUUUGAAUGGACACUGCCACUCGAUGUCAAGGAAAAUGGUGUGGAUAUGUCGGAGAAGCUUGGGUUGACGAUGACGAUGGCUACUCCCCUCCAAGUUAUAGCCAAGCCAAGAUAAGUUAAUGGCAUGGUCGUGGGAUGUUUCUUCUGUGCAACGUGCACAUAUGUUGUAUUGUUGUGCAUACGAACUUGCAAAGUAAGCCAAUAAAAGUGAUGUGAAAUAGGAAUUAUAAUGUUGUGUACUGCGGUAUAAAUUAU